GAAUGGGGCAGACAGCCUGACGGCUCCUGGGCCACCUCCCAAGAAGCAAAAGGAGGGCGCCUGGUGGGCCCAGAUUGGCAUUCCUGUUAGUCCAGAGGAGUUCUUGGAUCUUUCCUCACCCAGAGACCUUUGGUCAGCCAGGUUGGAGAACAACAACAGAAUGUGGAACCUCUGCCGAUCAUCGGGCAACCAUGAGCUUGAUGAAGCCUUGUGGCUCCAGACACUCAAAGAGUGCAAAGCGGGAUGGGCUACUUUGCAUGUAGGCCUGCACAAGCCACCAAGCAACGCCUUGCUCUCCCGCAGGUUUGCAGUUCAACAACAGGCUAAAGUGCGUCCAAUAGACGAGUUCUCUGUGUCUCAGGUGAACAACACACUGGGUAGCGUAGAGAAGAUUGUCGUGAUGCCGUCUUCUGCAACAGUGUCUCUGUCUCUUGCCUUGCAAAGAGGUCUUACGGCAUCGAAUCGAGGCUCAUAUGCGGAUGCUCCAGUCGAGCUCUCUGGAAAGACGUUCGAUCUUCAGAGCGCUUACAAGCAGCUCCCCAUCCACAAGGACACGGCAAGUGCGGAGGCAGCCUUCGUCCUUUUGAUGAGAAUCUUGGGUUGGAAAGUCUCGGUGGACAAAGCCAAGCCCUUCUCCUGUUUGUUCCACAGCCUCGGCAUAGCCUUCUUGCUUCCUAGGUCGCCAACUGACCCAGUACAGGUGACCAACACCGAUCAGCGUCGCAAGGAGGUUGCGGCAACAUGUCUGGAGCUUUUGCGAACAGGAAAGGAUGGGGUAGAGCACCCCAUCAUGCAGUGUGAGCUGUUAGCCGCAGCAGUUUCCCUAGCUGUGUGGGGACCCACGGUGGCAUCAUCAUGCAUCACACUGUGGGUGGACAAUGACGCAGCCAGGCAUGCACUCAUUGCCGCGCAUGCCUUCCCAGACAGUAACAGGUUCCCGACAGAGGAAGCCACCUUCAACUACCGUGGGAACAUGGACCUGCUUAGGCGACCGGAGCCGUGCCCUCAGCCCGAAGUGGUGGAGGACGCCAGACCGCUCAAAGCGCCAAGAUUGCACACUCCCAAGUUGAGGGCGGUAGCAGACUUCAGGCCUACAGACGCCCAGGCAGAGAGACAAGCAGCUCUCACGAAGUGGGAUCAGGUAGUCAGGUUGCUACCUAGGCUGUUUGAUCCUACGGUGCUCAGCCAGCUUCACAACGAAGACUUUGCUGUUGAGUUGGGGAACUUGGACUUGAUCUUUAGCAAGAAGUCGACGAGCACUCUCAUGUCCAGGGCCAGCUCCAUGCUCAGGUUCUGCAGCUGGAUACUCAGGACUUUUCCAGAAGAAGUAGUCUCAGAGCCGAUCCUGUUUUUGUACUGUCAGAAGCUUCGCAAAGAAAAGAAGGACACAUCAGGACCGGACCAGCUGCUUCAGGCUCUCAACUUUUGCUCAGGAACACUGGGGCUGUCUGUUCCAGUUGCAGAUCUCAGGUCUGCCAGGGUGACGGGGUUGGCGCACCAGUGCCUCAGGGCACAAGAGUCCACCAAGCAGGCUCAACCUCUGACUAAGGACCAGGUGCAGUGGCUAGAGCACCUGGCCAGACAGGCAGACGAUGCUUAUGAGAAGUUGCUCGCCUCCUCUUUCCUUCUCAUGGUCUACGCCAGGGCCAGGCACAGUGAUGUGCGCAGGGCUGUGAAGAUCCUGCUGGACGCAGGAGGCGACUUCAUCCAUGGGUUUGUAGAGCUGGUUGUUCAGGACCCCAAGCAGUCCAGGGCCAGCAGGAGGAGGCGUCUCAUGCUGCCAGUCGUAGCCCCUAUGAUGGGCAUCGCAGACAGGCCGUGGGCAUCCGCUUGGCAGGCCAACAGGAAGCACUGGCGUUUGGCCCAUGAAGGGGACAUCAGUAUUGAACCCUUGCUUCCAGAGUUGGCAGCAGACGGGAGUCUGUUGCCAUGCAACAUGAGCACAAGCUGGUUAAGAGCUUUCCUCGCCAGGAACGAACAGGUGAACGCCGACGCCUUGCUGGGCAUCACGACUCAUAGCUUGAAAGCAACUCUUUUGUCAUGGGCAGCAAAGGCAGGAAUGGAUACUCUUGAGAGAACCAUCUUAGGAUAUCAUAGUACAGGGGUGAAUAGUUCAACCCUCAGCUACAGUCGAGACGCCAUGGCGGGGCCCCUCAGGAGCUUGCAGGGUCUGAUCAGAUCAGUGCGCAUGGGCAAGUUCAGUCCAGAUGACACGAGAUCUGGGCGGCUGGCGCUAUCAGGCUCUUCCUCAGGGUCCUCGCAGGCGCCCAGCGCUUCCUCGUCCAGCAGUGAUGGCGAAGAGCGUGAGCAGGUGAUCCAGGGUGCCAGCCACACUUUUGCAAUGCUGGCCUCUUCUGGUCAGUAUCACCUAGCCAAGAACCCAGGUUCAGGAAUCACGCACAUUGUGAAACAGGGGCGUGACAAGUUGUUGUGCGGCCGCACUCUUUUUAAGGCCUUAGUGGUCUGCAAUGAGGUAAAUUUCUCUCAGGUGCAGAUAUGCAUGACGUGCCAGUCAGUUUGCGAAGGCCUUCUAGAAGGCAGAUGGGCUAGCAAGCAGUGGACAGUAGUUUGA